UGACCCGCACAGACCGACCAGCAUCAACAAUGACCAAAAAGAAAAACAAGUCCACAUUUUCCUGGCAAAUCACAGCACUGGAAGCUAUGGCCACCGACAACUUGCCCCUCCUCCCCACCGCGUGCAGGGCCCAUCGCCGCUGCGGAAGCCGGAAGCCACUCGGGCCUCACAGGCCACCGGGCCUGGGACCACAACAGGCGCAGCGCUCCAGGCCGCGGCCCACGCUCAAGGCACCGAAGGAGGCCGCGCGAGGCCAGGCGCCUCGGGUCCGCUACUCACCGCAACACCCGCAGCCCGGGAUAGCGGCGCUCCGGGGCGCGGGCUGUGGCAUCUUCGCUUCCGCCGCAGCCCGGGUCGAGCCGCAGGGAACAGGACUUGCAACCUGCGGAGCCCGGCGCCGCGGCUCCUGUGGCUGCGCCCCCGCCCCCGCCCCCGCCCCCGCCCCGCCCCGCCCCGAGGAUGACGUCACGGACCGCGGGCAGGCGUCACGCGGGCCCCGCCAAAGCGAGCUCUGCUUUCCAGGGCCUUGGCGAAAGUCUACCGUUAGCGAAGUCUACGGUUGCUCAGGGCAGAAAUGUAGAUGAGGAGGAGGGGACGACGAGUUGUUCUCAGGAAGGGAGGAAGGCACAAGUUGGCUAGAGAGAAUCUGUCUGCUCUAACACAAUGGAGUCUAGAGGUGCCCUCAGAGGCUAGAAGAGGACACUGAUUCCCCUGGAGCUGGAGUUAGGAUGUGACCCACCCUGUGGGUACUUAGAAUUGAACCCAGGUCCUUUGGAAGAAUGGCAGCCUAUAUACAAGACAUGGAAGACGGAAGCUUGAAACGUGCUCUUGCUGGCAAGUCCGUUCAUUUACUGGCAUUACAGCCUACUUCUUCAGGAUUCCAGCAUAUACUGAAGACCAGUGAGACAUCCAGCCUCGUGGACUGAAAAACUACUAAGUUCUUGGAUCUUCUGUUAGUAGACAGUCAAUGUUGGACUAGCUGGACCACAGCCUGCAAGUCAUACUAAUACAUUCCAUCUAUGCACCGUCAGUGCAGUUCCUCUAGAGAACCCUGAUGAGCACAGCCGCUGAGGCAUCUCUCCAGCCUCUCCACCUGUUUUUGAAACAGGGUUUCAAUUGUGUAGUCAUAGCAGACCUAGGACUCACUAUGUAGACCAGGCUGAUCUGGAACUCAUAGAAAUCCAUCUUCCUCUGCCUCCCAAGCACUAAUCUCAAAGUUUAACCUUGCUCACUUUUAAUUUCAUAGGAAGAGAAUACAAUAUGUAUUAGUUAUUCACCAUUAUGCCUUAUAGAUACACCAGUCGUGGUGGUUGUAUAUGUAUCUAUAGCUUAUGGGUUUGCAGUGCUGUAUAGUCCUAUAGCUACUAAAUAAAUCACCUAUAUCCAUUA